GUCGCGCUUUGUCGGCCUCCUCGUUCGUAACGUCAGUGUUGCUAACCGACACCUGCGACAGCAGACACUUUUAGCGAGCUUUUUGUUUUACCAGGGAUAUUACGAUGGCUGUAGCUGAAGACCGGGCCUCCUGCUAACGUGUUUUAUGUGGAUGGACUCGGUCAUGUCGCCUCCCGCAGAGAAACUGCCCGGUUCAGGCUGAGUUUUCGGCAUGACAGGGAUGAAGAUAGAUCUGGAUCAAGUGCUAAUACAUAUUUUUAAAAUUUCCAUUACAGAUUUUCAAAUGAAAAUGGAGGAUAUGCCCCUCUCAGGCCUAGACAACACCAGGCUGGAGGCCUUGGCCCAUGACAUCUAUUCUGAGCUGGUGGAAGAUGCCUGUUUGGGCCUGUGUUUUGAGGUGCAUCGUGCUGUGAAACAGGGCUAUUUCUUCUUGGAUGAAACAGACCAAGAGAGCAUGAAGGAGUUUGAAAUUGUGGAUCAGCCAGGAGUGGACAUAUUUGGGCAGGUGUACAAUCAGUGGAAGAACAAAGAGUGCGAGUGUCCCAACUGUAAAAGAUUAAUAGCUGCUUCUCGCUUUGCUCCGCAUUUGGAGAAAUGUCUCGGCAUGGGACGCAACAGCAGCCGCAUCGCCAACCGCAGGCUAGCCAGCAGUAAUAACAUGAGCAAAUCAGAGAGCGAUCAGGAAGACAAUGAUGAUCUUAAUGACAAUGACUGGUCAUAUGGGGCAGAAAAAAAAGCCAAGAAGAGAAAGUCAGAGAAGAGUCAGAAUUCCCCAAGAAGAUCCAAAUCUCUGAAACAUAAAAACGGUGAGCUUGGGAGUAGCGUCGGUGCCGAGUCUUACAAGUAUAACUAUAAUACUGGCAUCAGUUAUGAAACCUUAGGCCCUGAUGAAGUCAGGUCCCUUCUUACAACGCAAUGUGGGGUGAUCUCUGAGCACACCAAGAAGAUGUGUACCAGGUCUCAGCGAUGUCCCCAACACACGGACGAGCAGAGGAGGGCCGUCAGGGUGUUCCUCCUGGGGCCGUCCGCGCCGGCGCUGCCCGAUGCGGAUGCUGUGGUGGAGACUGACAGCUUUGACAUUCCAGAAGGACAGACUUUAAUGAGCCGCCUGCAGUGGGAGGACUCCCCUGACAUUUCACCCACUGACUCUGCCUCGUCUAAAGCCAGCACCAACCAUUCAGAUUCUAGGAAGCCCAAGAAAAAGAAGAAGCCAUCUCUUGGUUUGAACAGUGGAGGAGGAGGAAGUGGAAGUCUGGCUGGAGGUGGCAGCAGCAGCUCUCAGAGUAAUAUCAGUAUAUCGACCAAAAAAAAGAGGCCCAAACUCUCAGCACCUUCUCUUUCGAGCAUCUAUGAUGACUUAAACUAGCGUAGGCCAAUUUGUCAGACCAGCUCUUGCCUCCUCUAUGAAGUCCCUUCUUUCAUACCAAGCUUUAAAGGUUUGAGCAGAACGGGAUGAAACUUGACUUAGCAGUUCCUUAGUAAUCAUUUGGCCUUGGCAACUGAGGCAUCUACAUUUUAAAGAUUUAUCUUCCUCAAUUAUGAACACAGAGAUCUAAGAAUUGUGGUCCAAGUAUCUGCAGGGACUUAUUGGCCCACUUUCAGUGUAAAACAGAGUUUACUUCUGUUGUUCACAUCAUUCACGGCUGCUAUAUUAACACUCAUUCGUCGUCUUAAGCCGAUACUGAGGAUGACUUGAUGCAUUCAGGUCACACUUUGUGUAGCUGGGUCAAUGAAGAUCUUCCACGUGACACUGUGGGAAACCUUUUGAGGCCAAAAACAAAAACACUGUUUUAUGCAGCAGUGUGUUAGUGCUUCUCGUCAGUGGUGUAUUUAGGUCUAUUAAAACAGCCACAGAGGCGUCCACAUAAUUUUUGGUGUAGGUAGGCAGAUUUUUAGAGCUUGUUUAUUUAAGAUAUGAUAGAUAUAAAGAACAUAUUACCCAUGUACCAGAGACUGGGUUCAGUUCCACCCCACAGUCUUUGCUGCAUGCCAUCCUCACUCUUGCAGCUGAUUUAUUAAAUUUUUUUAAAAUAAAGGCAUAAUAAUAAAAUUAAACUUAUAUCACCAUAUCACUUGUAAUCUAAAUUUUAGUUUAUAGAGCACCUUGAAGUCAUAAAAACACAUAAGUUGUAAGACCACCUGGAUUCAUACAAAGUGCUGCGAUAUCCUGAAACUAAAAAAACUUGAGUUUGUGCCGUGCGGUCUGAAAGGUCUCUCGUUUUCUUUGAGUUCUCUCUUUAUUUAUUUUUUUAAGUGAAACACUGAAAGGCCUUAAAUUCCUUCAGAUACUGUCACUGGUAGGCUGUGACUGGCCCCUCUCCUUGGACUUUGUGUUCAGUCUCAGUCGUAAGGACACGUUCAACUUUCAGUUCAACACUUGACACACACAUACUGGAGUACUCAUCAGUGGCUUUUUGAUUCUAGCAUUGUAUUGCACAGUUGCGUGCGUGUGUGUGCGUGUUUGUGCAUCUGUAUGCUGACUCGCAGUUAGUGUGAAUGACAGUUUGUGUGCGUGCGUUGGGUGCGUGUGUGUAAUCAUUCUUUUCACAAUACUAUGCAUCCUAGAAUGUGACUCUUGUGAAAGUAUGUGUGUCAUUUUGAAUAUUUAAGUCGUUUACAUUAACAGUAUAUUUAAGUUUGUAUUUGUCACUGCCUUUGUGGUGAUGUGCAUAUUACUUGUGUAUAAAUGCAGAUUUUGAUAUUUGAUGAGCCAGUUAGGCUUUUGGGGCACAUGUACAGUUCAUGUAUGUUUGAUAGAAAUCACGAGUUCGGCGUAAUUUUCGUUCCUCCUCAGAAAGCCUUAUCCCCGCGUGCUUUCACUUUGCUCGUAGAUUACAUCAUAAAAGUAAAUCAGUCCAGCUUGUUGUUAAUGAUCACGAACGAUAAGUCUGCAUCUUGAAAGCUUGUACAGUGUCUGAUAUAAAUUAUGAGAUUUAUUGCAUAUUGUAGAGGCUGAAGUCCUGUACUCCUCAGGUUUUGGAGAAGCAUUUGCGCAAAGCUAAAAUCCAGUAUUUUACUUGGGGUUUCAUAAAGAGGGAAGUUAACACACACACUCACUCACUCACAGUUUUGACUGCUCCUGUUAAACAUGGCCAAAGUUUCAAAUAAUGAGGUCGCUUUUUGUGCCAGUUACUCCUGGUUGCCAAGGUCAGCGGCUCAGGCACCUGUGACUCACCCACCUACAGUUAGGACCUGUUUGCAACAGGCAACCAACCAGAACUCAGUUGGCUUUGAGGAAAAGCAGCUAAAUCGACUCAUUGCAGACAGAAUAGGAAGUGAGGGACUAUGCGGGGGCUCAGUGUAAGAUCAUGCAAAGCUGCUCUAGUAGAGUACAGGAAUAAGGAGUUUGAAAUGAGGCCCACACAUUGGUGUUAAAACUAAAGUUCUGCUUAAUAGCUUCAGAAGCAGCUGAUAAAGUUCUGAUCUUUCCAAAACCAGUGAUUUGUUUUCUGUUUUUCAUUAUGUGCAUGUUGUCAGACAUGUAUGACUUAUUUGUGUCUUACUAAAAGGGUGUUAGAGAUCAUUUUGGCACUUUUGUCCCAACUCAAUUUUUUUUUUUUUUUUGUUACAUUUUUUAGGCAUCAUAGCAUUUGGCAGGAUUUUGAGGAUAACAAUAAUGUCUCUGUUUGAAGGCAUUCUUGAUGCAUUUGGACCAACAUGUCAUUUCCAAGAACUAGAAUAGAAACUGAUCUCAGCAUCUGAAAACUGCAGAGAUGCUUCGUGUUACUAGACUGUUGUGGAUAAAAUAACAGCUCAUACUGAUUCUUUUUAUUCAAAAUGGUUCAAGUUCACCAGGUGUUUGUUUGUUUGUGAGGUUUUGGAACGAGCAUUUUAAUCCUCGAAAUCAAGUGCAUUCACUUUUCUCUCACAAUCGUGACAAUCUGCCAAAGCCCGUAUUUUGUAUUUCUCCCCUGCAUUUCUGACUGUGCCCUUUUGAAUCUGUCCAGUAAAAUCUUGUAAUGUGCACUAAUAUUAAAUGAACUGUAACUGAGGUAAUUUGGUGACUAUGAUCCGAUGGUCAUGGCACCAUUUGUGAAUAAGGGUAACAGCUUGUGUUUUUUUUCCUUUGUGGCUCUUUGUGUAUCUGUGUGCUGUAGAAGUGCAAUGACAAAGAAAGCAAUGUUGAGACUUUCCAAUUUUUUUUUUCCAUGCACAAGCACAAAUAAGUGCAUGUGUGAACGACUUGUAUCUGAAUACAAUGUGAUACAUAAGUUAUUUUUCUUCACUGCCAUGCAUACUGAUGUUUGUAUAUAAAUAAAUACCAAUACCGUAA